AUGUUUAAAUUUUUAACUUUGGCUUGCCUUCUCAUUGUUAGUGAUGUAUAUGGAAAAAUUACAAAUGCACGCCUUGAGAGUUGUCCUAGUUGUACUCUGAAUAGAAAACCAGAAGUUAAAGCGUUUGCGUAUGAGGAUUUGCCGAAAUAUGGUAUUGAAUUCAAAAAACUUCAUGGACAUUUACCGGAAUUAGUUUUCUUUGAUGAAGAUGACAAAGAAGUAGAGAGGCAUCUGUUAUCCGAUCUCAACAGGAAGGAAUGUAAUGAUCUUUUGUCAUCACGAGGAUUUACUUUGAAAAAUGAAGAUUUAUAA